AUGCUAACAGCAAAUGGAGUCUUUGCUCGUUUUACAACCAUGUCGGCACAUCUUACUAUACUCAUUAUGAUAUUCUGGCAUCGUAGUGAAUACGUAGGCUAUUGUAGCUUUUCAUCAAAUAAAGCAGGGCAAACUGAUACUCAAUUUAUUAUCGCUUUAUCUCUUUCAAUUGCAUUACUUGUUAUUGAAUUAAUUAUAUUUUUAAUUGGACCAAGUUUAUUACGAAAUAAAAUAACAUUUCUCACAACAAUACUUCAUUCGGCUGGUGCCAUUUCACUUGCUUUUAUGAUUUUUACUCAAUGGUGUAGUGUUUCAUUUUGGCCUGUUUUCGCCCGUGUGUAUAUACGGCCAACUUCAACAAAGAUUUUCACCUUGAACAUACAUUCAUUGUCGUCAUUUGCAUACUUCGAGAAUAUGCCAAAAUUAGAUCCGAACAACUAUAGAUCAACAAUGCCUACAUCAAUGAUCGAAGAAAUUAAAGUUGUUGUCGUUGGUGAUGGAUAUACAGGCAAGACAACAUUAUGUAUUGUUUAUAAAGAUGGAGAAUAUCCACAAGAUCCUUAUGUACCAACUAUUUUUGAGAAUUAUGCAGCAACAGUAACAUUAAACAAUCGUAAAUAUAUUCUCAAUCUAUUUGAUAGUGCUGGACAAGAAGAAUAUGAUCAACUUCGUAUUAUGGCUUAUCCAAAUACGAAUAUUUUCAUUCUUUGUUUUUCAGUUGUCGAUCCAGAUAGUUAUUCUAAUAUAUUGAGUAAAUGGAUACCUGAACUUAAUCGUUAUGCACCUCGUGUACCAAUUAUUCUUGUUGGAACAAAACUAGAUUUACGUAAUGAUCAAUCAACACUUGAUCAAUUAGCUGAAAAAAAUCAACAACCAAUAAGUCAAUCACAGGGCGAUUAUUUAGCACAUGUUUGUUCUGCAAAGGUUUAUCUAGAAUGCUCAUCAAUGCUUAAUUAUAAUGUGCGAAAUGUUUUCGAACAAGCAAUAGAUAUUCAUAAUUCUUAUGAAGAACGAUAUUGUAACAGUUUAAGUAAUGGACGACGUAUUUUAUCUGAUAAACUUCAUUCAUGUUCAUGGUUUCAAACAUUGUUUUGUUGUACGAAAGGAUUAAGAAAAUCACAACGAAAAAAUCAUCGUGAUCGUUAUACAGUGUGA